AUGAAGCUGCUGCUCAAGCUCAAGCACUACUUCAUCCUGAGCUGCAAGGGUAAGGGCGCGGACAAGUGGAGCACGUUGCAUCGACGAGGGGAGGGCCUGCUCUCUUCCUUCUCUGGAGACAUCGCGUCGGUCGUGGAGCCUGGACACGAGGACGAGGCCGCAGCCGAGCGAUCCAUCCGCGACCAGGUGGGCGGCAUCACUGCACCGAGCCGCGGCUUGUCGGCCUCAUCACUGCAGGCCGAGAAGCGGUUGAGCGAUCUUCGGGCAGUCAUGGACGAAUUGGGCCGACUGCUGACCAAGAUGGAAGAUAUCGUGAUCGCGGCCAAGCGCACGGCCGGCAGCUACAGAUCGCAGCAAUCGGUGAUGGACCGCCUGCACCUGAUGGCCGAAUGCCUUGGCCUCCACCAAUCCGAGUACGAACUCAAGGAGAGCAUAGUGGGCUCGCUGACCUUUUCGAUGUCCUCGCUCACGCUGACCACCCACCUUAUGGCCUGGAAGGCCAAGCCCUUCGCCGGCGAGUGGCAACGCACCGCCGCUUCCGUGGGCUCCUCUUGA